AAAUCGUUACUCAAUAGUCAAUAUAUUAACAGUUGUGUAAAAUCGGAAUGUUCCCAAUUCCAAUAGGGAAAGUUUUGCGCUACCAGCGGGAGGAUAUAAGUAAGAGGGAUUUGAGGAAAUUGAAAACAAUACAUGCCUGAUUUGGAAACUAAUAUGGGGAUUUGAAUGGCGUAAAUGUACUGUAGUAUUGGGAACCUCAUCCAGACUAGAGAUAUACGCCAACAUGAAGGCAGAGAUCACAAAUUCAUUACUGCUUCUUAUCACAAUCUCUAUGCUUUUUCUCGCAACAUUGGCGGGAGAUUAUAAACGAGUUUUCGGAAGGUAUGGCUACACGGAGUGCAUAUCGGGUGACUUAAAUGUUAUAAUAAUAAUUCCACAUGGCGGAAGACUAAAACCACCAGAUAUUCCAGAUCGGCACAAUGGCUGCGACUAUGAUAAGGAUAAAAAUGAAUGUAGAUGGAGUCACAACUGUAGUGUUGAGAAACGGGACCCUGAGAAUUGUGCGCCUGUUUUGUCAAGUGAUGCGUUGACUAUAGAUCUUGCAAAGAGAGUAGCAAAUGACCUUAAGGUAUUCCUUGGGAAAAGGCCCCAUGUGAUAAUCAGUCAUUUACAUAGAUCAAAGAUGGAUGCCAAUCGUGCAAUUGAAGAAGCGGCAUUCAACAAUACAUACGCCAAGGCGGCUUGGGAGGACUUCCAUGACUAUAUAGGACAUGCAAAGGCGUCAAUCCAUGGACGAGGAAUUUUGUUUGAUUUUCACGGACAGAGUCAUCCGGAAGGUUGGGUAGAGUUAGGUUACUUAUAUCGGCAUGAUAUCCUAGAUGCUGGUAAUCUAAACCCAAAUAGUUCCUCUAUAAGGAGCCUUGCUCAAUAUGCAGAUGUAUCAUUUGAGGAGUUAAUUCGUGGAAAGACAAGCUUCGGAGGAAUCCUUCAAGAGUUUUCUUACAAAACCAUUCCAUCUCCAAACUUCCCUAGCCCCAAGGGAAGGAAGUACUACAGAGGAGGGUAUAAUACACGACGCCAUGGGUCCAGAUACGGUGGUCUCAUUGAUGCCAUACAAAUAGAGACCCCAAUGAUUUUACGUCACAGAGAAACAAUCUCCAGGUAUGCAGAGGAUCUUGCAAGAACCAUUAAGAAAUAUUUGGAAAUACAUUAUGCAACGAAAACAACUCCCAAACCUAUGGAUUUCAUAACUGUCAAAAUGGAUUUAAACUCAACAAAUGAGGUUAUUGCAGAUAUUGUGCAGGCCUCACAUAGCAAGGCCAGUACAUCAUGUUUGGAAUCAUCUGCAUAUAUUACAUUUCUCGGACCCACGUUUACACUAAGCCUGUACAUGCAUGUUUUUAUUGUACAUUCAGUCUAAAGAUAUCGUGUAACUUUAAUGCAUCUCUUUCAUGAUCAUCUCCGAGAGAGACAGUCAUAACUUCCAUGAAAAUCUCCCAAAAAGGCAUCCGAUAAAUUUCAAAAUGAAGAAGAGAUAGUUCAUAGUUGACCUCCAAAUUACCUCUUCCACGUAUUUUUU